GCAAAGCAGAGUAAGGAGUGAAUUUCGAGUUUGCACCAGCUGUGGAAAAGUUGAGGGGGAUGAGGAUGUUGCGAAACGUAGAGGGAAGUCUCUUGGGAUGAGACGCCCCCUCCUCCUUGCACUCGGGUGGGCGCCCCCCUUAAGCCCCUCCAUCCUGCGUUCUGGGUUCGGGCAGUCUGUCUCCUUUCCUGCUUCAGCCCGCUCCCAGCCACUUAACAUUUUCGAGUGACCCGGGGAGGGAAGUUUUUCCUCUUUCUCCUCUCGCUGGAGGAGAGGGUGCUUUUCUUCUUCAAGAAUUAGAGCCUGAUUCCCAGACAAGACGCGCACAAUCUGGGACUUGGUAUCCUCGGUGCCCGUCUGCCUCCAGCUGUGCCAGUCUCCCCACCCCCUUCCUCGGCUCAGCUGGCUCCCCGUCCCACCAUGGAGGUGCUGGAGAGCGGGGAGCAGAACCUGUUGCAUUGGGAUCGCAAGCUCAGCGAGCUGUCAGAGCCCGUGGACUCCGACAACCUGAUGUACAACACGCAUUUCACAGAACUUCUGGAUGAGUUUUCCCAGAAUGUCCUGGGCCAGCUUUUGAAUGACCCCUUCCUCUCAGAGAAGAAUGAGAUGAUGGAAGUGGAGACAUCUCCAGCCUCCCCUGCUCCUCUCAUCCAGGCAGAACACAGCUACUCUCUGUGUGGGGAUUCUCGGCCUCAGUCCCCACUCACUCACAUUUCUAAUGAAGAUACCUUCAAUGAAGCUAAUCUGGCCAGCGAGGAAUGGUGCCUGACUUCAACAACUAUCAAGACAGAACCCAAUCUAUGUGAAUCCCCUGGUCUUGUCCCAUCGGUCACUCUGACUAUCACUACAGCUCCUCCGCCCCUCAGCAGUGAGGAUCCCCAACUGCAGAAUGAUGAGGAGGUCAAGUCUCCAAGUCUGAAAAUCCUUCCCAAGAUUAAAUUGGAGCCUCAUGAAGUGGAUCAGUUCUUGAAUUUCUCUUCAAAAGAAGUGGUGGAACACCUGCAUCUCCCCCCGACCCCUCCCAGCAGUCAUGGCAGUGAUUCUGAGGGCAGCCAGAGCCCUAGCCCAUCCCUGACACCAUCUAGCCCCACCCAAGGACCAGGAAAGAUGACAUCUCGUUCAGCCUCAGCCCUGUCCAAUUCCCCUCUUCUAACAGCACCUCAUAAACUCCAGGGAUCAGGCCCCCUGAUCUUGACAGAAGAGGAGAAGAGGACACUGAUUGCUGAAGGGUACCCUAUUCCCACCAAACUGCCCUUGACAAAAGCAGAGGAAAAAGCCCUGAAGAAAAUCAGGAGGAAAAUAAAAAACAAGAUUUCUGCCCAGGAAAGUAGGAGAAAGAAGAAAGAAUACAUGGACAGUUUAGAGAAAAAGGUAGAAUCUUGUUCAAAUGAGAACAUGGAGUUGAGGAAGAAGGUGGAGGUUUUGGAGAAUACUAACAGAACUCUCCUGCAGCAGCUACAGAGGCUCCAGUCUCUGGUUGUGGGCAAGGUUUCCCGUUCCUGCAAAGCAGCCAGCACUCAGACAGGCACUUGUCUCAUGGUCGUUGUGCUAUGUUUUGCUGUUGUGUUUGGCAGCUUUUCUCAGAGCUACGGGCCCUAUCCCUCUGCUACCAAGAUGGUCCUUCCAAGCCAACAUUCUACUCCAGAGUCAUACACAGCCUCUAUUGUGAGAUCCAGGAGUCUUCUGAUCUAUGAAGAACCCCCACCGUUGGAGGAGUCUCAGAGCCUUGGCUUACCUGGGGAUCGAGGGGACGCUGAGGACAGAGAAAGAGGGCCCCCAAUCCUUGGGAUGUCCAUGUUGGAACCAAGACCCAGGACCGAAGAGGCUGAUGUUGCUCAGUUCAGGAUAUCAAAUGAGAUGAGGUUAGAGAAGUCGGUGUUACUGGAACUUGGACAGCACAGGGUCAGCUCCAAACUGGAGACAAAUGAAACACUUAAAGUCAUUGAAAUUGACAGAAGAGUCAAUGCUACUUUUUAAAGAGUUUCUUCAUUUCCCCUUCUUACUCAUCUCCUUCCCUCCCUUCAUUUUUCUCAUUGAACAGAACCUACCCAACAUUAACCAAAGCACUGCAGAGUGUUAGUUUGGGCUGAAAAGAGAAAUCGGAUCUUCAACAUAUAUAUAUAUUGAGAGAUCUUGAGCUCCUUCUCAAAUCCAUUCCUUUUCACCCUCCUUUUCUCUCUCCCUUGUUGCCACAGAACAUUAUUUUAGCAUCAGGGUCAGGGGAUAGGUUGCAAUCCAGCAAUCACGCCAAGAAGUCAUUCCCUUGCCCUCAGCAUUGUGGCAAGACCAGGCUUAGAGGAAGAGAUGAGUCUCUUUGAGUAGGGUCCGCAGUCUCAGAAAAGAGAACUCCCAAGGCCUCUUUAUAGGAAGUGGUUGACCACUCUCUAUCUGGCUUGUCUAGGUGUUUAGUCUUGGUGUGGAUGGGUGGAUGGGUGAGAGUUCAAACUGAGGUUUCCAGUAUGAAGCUUUACAGCUUUUAAGAGAAUUGUUUAGGAAAACAUUCGUCUUCUUAAGCUACUCUCUUUAUACCUUAAUAUUUACCUUCCUUUGACCACCCUCCUCUUCUCCAUACUACAGGUAUAAUAUGUAAGAGAAGGAGGCUUUCCUAUUCUAGACCUUCUUGUCUAUUCUUGUUGCUUGUAGUUCCUUCCUCCCUCUUCCCCCUUUAUCCGUUUGCCCAGAGUUCUACCUCCUGAACUUCUCCUUGUUGUAAAUAGUAUUUAUUAGCUUUCUGAGGCUUCCCUUUGGCAGCCAAACUGAAGAGAUUAGAUGCCUCCCCCUCAGCUUAGCCAGAGGCUUGGAUUGAAUUGAGCUUUGGCAUUGAGAGGGCGUGAGAGGCUCUGAAUCCUGCCCCUUCCCCACCCUUCCUCCUACCCCCACUUCCCAGCCCUCGUUUCACAUUUUUUUUUAUUUUAAUUUUUUAAAAUCUUAAAUCUGUAAGAAAAUUACAGGUCAAGAGCAACGCCUUAGACAUGUAACUUUCAGCUACAGAACACCAAACUCGGCUUCUUUCUAGACAUACUCACUGGGCUCUAUGGUCCAGGAAUAGAUUUUCUUCCCUGUGUCUUUAUUAGGAAAGUCUAAAGUCCUGUCUCUGGGACUAGGGACUCCUGACCAUUGCCUCUUAACUUUUCUUGGGCUUUCUGCUCCAUUGACUCUACUUAUACAACAGGUACCUUGAGUUUUCUCACACUGGUGAAGCAGAUGACUUUGGCACCUGUAUGCUUGUUUGUUUGUUUUCUUUCUAGGGAAUCUUUGGCUACUCUGCCCCACUUAUCCAAAGAGACCUAACUUAAUUGACCUUUGUGCCUUUAUUAUUUUUUUUAUGAUUUAAAAUAAACUCUUUAUAAAAGAAAAAAUUCUCCCCUUUCUCAUAUGAAUAGGUAAUGAAAAUUGCCUUUUUAAUUGUACAAUAAUAUAUCAUGCUCUCUUUAAUUUUUUUUUUAGCUUGUAAAAUAUUUUUUAAGGGAAAAAAACCAUUUUCAUUUAGUAUUUACAUCUAAAACCUCUCUUUCUCUGCUUCUUUUGUCCCAUCUGUUCAUUCUGUUAUUGCAUGCCAUACUUAAAAGAGAUUCUCACAAUGAUCCGUGGACCUCCAAUCCAAUAACAGGUAACAGGAUUUGACAUUAUUAACAUUCCCUAUCCUAUCUUGUAAAUGGAUUCCUGUUUUCCUCUGCUCUGGUCCAUUUGGGGAUCUCAGGUGUUCUUCCUCUGCCCCUACUCUACUGCAUAUACCCUAAGUUCCUGCUUUUUAUUCUCAUACCAGAUGUUUGAUCCUACAUCUUAGCAUCAUAGAUUGUUAGACCAGAGCAGGUCUUUAAAAACCCAUCUCUUUGGGCCCUGAGUUUUAUUGAUAAGAGUCAGGGAAGAGGAGGGAGAAGAGAAGAAAGAAUUUUUGAUUCUUUCUCCUCUUUGAAUUUUAAUUAAAUAUUUGGAAAUUCAGAACUUGGGAGUGAUCUUAAAAAUUGUCUAACCACCUAAUUCUUACAGAUGAAGAAAUUGAGGCUAAGUGAACUUACAAAGCCACACAGGCAGGGCUGGGAUGGGAACCUAUAUUUCCUGGCUCCUGAUCCAACAUUCAUCAUGUCAUACUACUCAGCUGAGGGAUGGAGUUAAACAUAACUCAGGGGAUUUUAAAAGAAAUUCUCAAUUUUGAAGGAAUGAAGUGAGAAGACAACCCAGUGCAAUGAUCUCCAUCAUUCCUAUGCCAUCUUGGAUGUCAAUGAUCACUAGUUGUGACUAAUAGUGGAAGAAUCAUUAUUUUGCACAAAAAGAAGCUGAUUUUCAGUGAAGAUUGGGUUUAAGGAUUUUCCUGUCUUCUGCUUUAACCCCACUACCCCUCUUUCCCUCAUCUAUCAGUGAUGGGAAAACCAGAUAACAGUUUUGCCAACAGUAAAUCGUGUAGCAUUGUUUUUACCAGUGGUUCCAGUGAGUCUCGAUCUGCUUCUGGUUGCCUUCGAGUGCCCUACUACCCAGCGGUAUCUAGAAAAGAGUCCUUGGCUAGAGGGCUAAAGACUGAUGUACAAGUCCAGGUUACUCAAUAUGUGUUAAUGACAAGUUCCUUAAUUUCUUUAAACCUUUGUUUCCUCAUCUGUAAAAUUCCUGUACUGCCUACCUCACAGGGUUGUUGUGAGGAUCAAAUGAGAUAAUGUAUGUAAAGCGCUUUAUAAACCUUUUAAGUGUAAUGUUGUAAAUGUAAGCUAUUAUUAUUAUUGUUGUUAUUAUUGUUAUUAUUAUUAUUAUUAUUAAGUAGCUUAACAAGCAUUCUAUUAAGGGGCUCCAUGGGCUUCAUCAGACCAGGAAGAAUGGAUUUGAAAAUUCUGCCUGGUCAUUAGCUUCACCCAGAAUCACCAGUGGGUUUGAUUAUAUGUUCAUUUCCAGUAGUGUAGUCCAUUCCAAGAUGCCUGCUUUGCCCUGAUGAUUUCAGCAGCUCCCAAGUAUUGGCAGGAGUUGAAGUCUAGGGAGCUUAAGUGUUGAUGAAUCAGGAUAUUAGAGGAGCUAUAAAAUAAAUAAAUAAACUAUAUUUGUGGAAAUCAAA